GGUUAAAAAGACGACGAUCAAUGAUUAUAAAACAAAUUGUUUUAAAAGCUGGCCCGACUGAGUCACAAGCUAGUACUAAUGACAUAUACGGCAUUUGUAUUUUGGAUAUUAUCUCAAAUAUU